CCAAGCAUUAGUCCUUUAAUUGCACAACACAUCGUUUCAUACAACUGAUCUAUUAAUAUGGCUUCAACUUCCAGAAAUCUCCGCCCGUUGGUGCGCCAAAAAGACUUUAUAUGCUCCAAAUGCCUCUUCUCAACUACCUCAUCAAUUCAAUCAGGUCAUAGCAGAUGGUCCAAGAUCAAACACGACAAAGGCGCCGUGGAUGCAAAGAAGAACGUCCAACGCUCUCAAUUCUCGCGCGAGAUCGCACUGGCAUCAAAAUUAUGGGGACCAGAUGUCAAUAGCAAUUACCGGCUAGCUUCAAUCCUGGCAGCCGCAAAGAAAGCUGGAUUCCCUAAGGCAUUGUUAGAAGGUGCUGUUGCGCGUGGCCAGGGCAAAUCGGCAAGUGGCGCAACGCUCGAAAGUAUCACUCUCGAAGUCAUCGUACCGCCGACAGUCGCAUUCAUGAUCGAAAGCGAGACGGAUAAUCGUGCAAGGACGCUCAUGGAUCUGCGGUAUAUUGUCAAAAGACAUGGUGGUAGUGUGACGCCCACGGGGUAUCUAUUCCAAAAGAAAGGACGAAUUGCAUUCGAGGCGGACCAGACGAAAUGUGUCGAUGAUGUGUUGGAUGAUGCCAUUGAAGCUGGCGCGGAAGAUGUUGAGGCCGACGAGGACGGAAGUAUCGUUGUCUGGACGGAACCUAGUAAGACGACUGCUGCUGCGGAAGCUUUGCUGAAAAGUCAUGGCUUGAAGGUGGAGAGUGCGGAUAUCUUAUGGGAUGCCAACGAGGAUACGAAGGUUCCGCUAGAGUCCGAAGAUGCGGUAACAGCACUGUCGGCAUUCAUUGCGGAACUGAGGGAGAAUUCGAAUGUGCAGGGUGUGUAUGCCAAUGUUGCCCAGGGAAGUCUGGCAGAUGAUGUUUGGGAAGAGUUGCAAGAUAAAUUAGACUCAUAGAUGGGUUAGACAGGAGUAAGAUACCCAUGGAUGGGGAGCCAGAUAGAUGUAUAUAUGAUUUGGGUUUUACAGAAGAUGUACAUUUGUAGGAUACUGUACAAAGACAAUGAUGAUGCUCAUGCCCCUCUGUCGUUGUCUCCGGGAUUGCGGUGUUUCCGGGCCAUUCCAACGCCAUCAAUGCAAACGCCUUGUUCAUGCUUAAAUGAUACUUUUCAGCACAAGCCCGUAGUCUCGUAAUCUCACAAAGCCUCUCGCCAGGCCAACCUCUGCUAGAUAUCCCGCCAGCUAUCCAUGCCACAUGCUGAAUCGUUUCAAUAUUCCCAUUCCCAUGUUCCAUCUCCCUCAAGAAUCAUUUCCCUCCGCACUCCCAUUCCGCCCCUGUCCUUGAGCCUCCUGCUCCAAUCUCUUACUCCUCAAAUACAUCCUCCUCUGCCUCAACCUCUCCAACUCGCUAUGAAUCUCCUCCUUGUCAAACGGGAUCCUAUUCGUUUGCUCCGGCUUUGGCCAGAAAUCUGGGACCGCAAAACGCUUGUCGAGGUUGGUACCGUAGUAGUACAUUAUAGCAAUUGGGAACAUGAUGUACAUGCCAAACUGGUGGUCGAAUUGUUAACUUAAUUAUUCUUUACCAGAUCCGAAAUGGUAGGGAUGGUGGGGAAACUUGGUUACCUUAAAGACUUCGAGAUUGGGGCCCCCCAUUUUGAAGAUGUACAGACGUGUGUAAUCCUGAUUGUGGGAAAAUCGAGCUAUUUUGUUGUUG